UUGUUCGUCUGUUGUAUGCCAGUCAACGAAUGCAGUUGGAUGCAAUCGGACGCAGUCACAGUUCGUUCUCUCCGCGACACUCGCGUCGAGUGUGAAUCGCCGCGUUGGACGACACGCAUCUUGAGCACCAAUCAAUUGUUGAAAACGCGUCAAAAAUUAUUAGAAACAGUUUCGACGAUCGAAUCAUCUAGAGCAAGAAUGGACGGUCUCAUCGAGAUCUUCGUCUUCUGCGGAGUGCUCUGCUACUUCUUUAAUCUCAGACCCAAUAAGAUGGUGGACGUAUUGUCUACGCGUCUGCAGGAGGUGUACGCCAAAUGGGAAACCAGGACGGAAGUUAGGCGAAAUGCGGAACCGACAACCACACGAUUUUCAUUGGAUGAACUUCGACGAGCCGGGCAACAGUAUCACCGAAGGAAGAUUCAGGAUAGGGAGCAGUCGCGUAAGAUACGCUACAACUCGUUGUUCAGCAUCAAGGAGACUGAGCCGUUGGUGCCUUUGACCAGACAGAGGUCCUCGUUCCUGCAUUACUGCUGCAAGACUUGUACGCCCGCUUCCAGGGACACAUUAGUAAAAUCUGUGCUUAAACAGCAACAGCAACCGUUCGGUGUAAAUAUAUUGGUGCCGAAACCAAGCUCUACGAUUUUCUCGAGAGUAUUCAAGUACCUAUCCUGUGUCUUGAGCUUUCAAAGAUUUGAUUAUCCUCUGGUCACAGAGACGGUUCUGAACGAUGAAAAGUUGAAAGACGCUAUCAAGCUAACCGCAUGGGAGACAGCUAAUAAUGAGGGUUGCAGCGAGGAGAAAGCGUUCGCGAAAACGAAAGCCAGGGCCAGGAGCAUAUUGCUGCAAAUGGAAAGUAGAUGCAGCGAUACUCUGCUCAAGAUUGUCGCAUGGCUGAUAUACAAACUGUUGCCCAAUUUCAUACAAUCCGCUGUGAUAUUACCCUCUCAAGUAGAAUUGCUGAAACAGGCGGAUGAUACUGGCCUACCGCUCGUGCUACUACCCCUCCAUCGUAGCCACUUGGACUACGUAAUGAUCAGCUUCCUUAUGGUUGUAAAUAACAUAAGGAAUCCGUUGAUCGCAGCAGGAGAUAAUUUAAAGAUUCCAUUUUUCGGUUGGCUUCUGAGAGGUCUAGGCGCUUUUUUUAUCAAACGUCGCAUUGACCCGGUGACAGGACGCAAGGAUCUUCUUUACCGUGCAACUCUUCAAACAUACAUCAUGGAGAAUCUUCGUGCUGGAUAUAACAUGGAAUUUUUCGUGGAGGGUGGCCGCACAAGAACCGGCAAGCCUUGCAUGCCAAAAAGCGGUAUCCUGAGCGUUAUUGUUGACGCGUACAUGGAUGGCACCAUCGAAGACGCGUUUCUAAUACCUAUAGCGAUCAAUUACGAACGACUGGUGGAUGGAAAUUUUGUUAGAGAACAAUUAGGGCAGCCAAAGAAGAUGGAGACUUUUACAUCAACGAUCAAAGCCAUGUGGUCGACAUUAAUGGGUCAUUAUGGUAUUGUCAAAAUUGAUUUAUGUCAACCUUUUUCUCUCAGGGAAAUGAUAAAAACGUUCCAAGCUCAGCAAAGUAAAUUGGCUUUGGGAUCUCCAGAACGAUCUUUAAAAUAUACUAUGUCGAAUUCAUCUCUUUACGGUACAGAUGUAAUUGUAGAAGAACAUCGUCAAUUAGUGGACAGUAUUGCGCGACAUGUUGUUUACGAUUCAUCUAAAUCUAUGCCAAUUAUGUCAACUAAUGUUGUUGCAUUUUUGUUAUUAUAUAAAUUUAGAGAUGGUUGUACAUUGGAUAAAUUAGUUGAAGCGUUUGAUUCAGUACGGCAAGAGUUGGAAUUUAGUGAUAAGAAUGUAGCGUUUUGCGGAGAAAAUGUUGAUAUCAUUAAACAUGCGCUGGAUAUCUUGGGUCCGGGCUUAGUGACGCAACAGCGACAGGAAAUCACUGAAGUUGUGAACGAUCAAUCCUACAAGUCGAACGUCGUCAUAGCGAUCCGUCCCGUAUCGAUGCUACCAAAUGUGAUCGAAUUGUCAUAUUAUAGCAACACUAUGCUAUUGUACUAUGUUAUGGACAGUAUAGUAGUAACUGCUUUGUACGCUGAAUUACAAUCUCAGAUAAAUGACCCGGUUGCGAUUGCCGAGAAUAAUAUUACAGUGUUCCAAAAUAUUUUGCUCGAGCGAGCGCUCAAAUUAUGCGAUAUUCUGAGGUACGAGUUUAUUUUCUGCAGGCCGUGCCAGGAACUCGCAGACGUAGUUCUCGAAACAAUACAGAAUCUUUCACAUAAGGGUAUUAUCACUCAAAAAGAGGAGAUUUAUCUAGAAGACGAGCUUUGGAGUAAAAGAUAUGCAAGAAAUUUUGAUGAUAGUUCGGAUGAAGAAUAUUCGAGAGAACGGGACAUCCAGAAGAUUGAAUAUAAACUGAGUUUAGCGCCAGAGCACUCCAGUUAUAUGGAAUUCUUACAUACAAUGCUACGUCCGUUAAUUGACACAUAUACAUGCAGUGCUUCCAAUUUAAGGAAGUUGGUCGACCGAUCGUUUAGCGAGCGUGAUUUAACCCAAGAAAUAUUGAGCGAAAUCAAAACGAAAGUGGACGAUGGUAUAGUUAGUUAUGGAGAGAGUUUAUGCGUCGAUCCGAUAAAGAAUUCUUUUAGACUUUUUGAAAAAUGGAACAUCCUUGAGUGUCAAAUGCAAGAGAAAGUUAAGAUAUUUUACUUGAAAGAAGAUUACGAUACAGAUGCGGGGAUGAAAAAUGUAUACAAUACUAUAGCAGUCUUUAAAUGGGCCAGAAAUAUGGAUUAAAAUGAUGAAACGUGAUAUUUUCUAUUUCAGUCAAAGAAAAUGUUUAUAAAUGAUUAUUUUUUUAUAUAUAAGGAUAUUUAUUUAAUAUUUCCCUUAGGAUUAUACGACACACACAUCUAAAACUUAAUCUUAAUUCUUAAUUUUACAAUCUAAUACUUAACCUACAUUCUUAUAUGUAACUUAAUCUAAACCAUACUUUUCCCUUCCUCGGACUUUCGUUUCCAUUGUAUCUCUUUUUUUCAUUUAACGUUUCUAUAUUUCCACUUUUUGUUUUCUCUAAUUUCUUUUCCGUUUUCCUCUUGAAAUUAGAAGUAAGGAAAGUUAUUAAAAUUAUAGUUAUUAAAGUUAUUAAAAUUUUAAUGCGUUCAGAUUCAGAUUUCCUAUUCUAAUGGCUAAGUGUCAUUUUAUUUAAUGUUCGGUGACAACAAGAAUAAAAUAACACAAUAGAAAUCUGAACGUACUUUAAAGUACUCUAAAGUUACAGAUAUUCUAGUGAUUUUUCUCACUUUUUUAAUUUUCAUCUCGUUUCAAGAUACACAUCACUUCCUCGGUAAAAGUUACUUCGGAAACGGAAAUCUAUUAUUUUUUUUAUCUUUUUUUUUAGAAUUUCAUGAUACAUAUUCUAAUGUUCGACGAUGAUUCUGGCCAACAUAAUCGAAUAUAUCUUAAGUGCAUAUAACUAAAGACAUAGAAUAUGUAUUUAUAAGAAUAUAUUUAUAAGAAUAUAUAAGACUAUAUAUAUUUAUAAGAAUAUAGCUUGUAUAUAGCUUCUUUAAUCAGAGAAAAAUAUAAGAAUUUAUGAUUAUAGU